GGCGCUAGUUGCAAUCAAACACGACAUUUGUUUUGAUCUCAAUCGCGACGUCGGUGGAUACAAGCAAACAGUUUGCGCUGCCGAGAUGGCGCUGUACUUUACAUCACAAAUUUCCAGCACGCAAAGACGCAACAUUCAAAGAUAUUUCAUAGGAUUGCAGAAUUUCAAUACCAAAAGCCGAAAAGAACGCGAAUAUAAAAAGUGCUGUCAAAUUUUGGAAAUCCCUGAAACCUGUGAUCAGGAACAGAUUCGCCGAGCUUAUUUACAUCGCGAAAAAUACCACCCGGAUAAUCCAAAUGGCAACUUACAGAAAUUUCAGGAAGUUGAUCAAGCGUUUCGCACUUUGAUUCAGAAAAAGGCGAGAGAGCGUUGGGACGUUGAAGACCAAUACAGCAUGAGCGAAGAGCAAGAUACUCCUGACAUCAAACACACUGCGCCUCAACACCGGCAAUAUUUAUCCAAUGAAGGAGUUGGUUCUGGAACACCCUUUCAACGCGAGAAACAGUACAGGCAAAUGCGCGUCAUGAACGCGGCGGACAAUGUCCUCAAGCAUCGAAUUGCCAAAGUUACAGCUGAGGAAAAUUCACUUGUUGAAAAGAAAGUUCCAAAACAUAAAAUUAAAACCAAAUAUGGUUUUGAUCGGUUAGUUGAAGACUUGAUUCAAGAAUCGAUGUCCAAGGGCGAGUUCAGCAAUCUUUCCGGUUCCGGCAAACCGCUGAAAACCCACUCGGACGUAAACCCAUACGUGGACUUUGUGACACACAAGAUCAAUCAAGUGUUGAUCGACAAUGGAUUUACACCCGAGUGGAUAACGCUGCAAAAGGAGAUACGAGAGGAGAUUGACAAGUUCAGGCAGGAAUUAGCCACGGAGAGAGCCAAUUUCGGCCCGCUUCCGCUCAACGAGUACGACCUGGUUGAAUGGGAGUACACCAUUCAGAAGUUUACCAAAGAUAUUAUCGCAAUUAAAAAAAUUGACAAAUUCAAUCUGGUCGUGCCAAUCUUGAACAAGCAAAUGACCCAGAUCGAACUCAAGCGGGAAGCAGACACGACGCUCAAACAUGCCCGACCAGCCGAUUCUAAACGGAUCAAAAGGCAGGAAAACGCAAGUAGUAAAGCCGAGAAUCAACAAGAACACAAAAAUUUAUUCAGUUUGUUAGAAGCCUACUUCAAAAUGUAAAUAGUUGGACAUUCAGGACCAUUGGAUCUUGUUGUCGGAGCCAAGCCGCGCUUUACCAGUAGCGAGUAAACGCAGUGCGUUCGUGAAGGCGCGAUGUUCAGCUGGACGCAGACGAUCCUGCAAUGUCUCCUCUGUGUCACCCACCAAGAUCGGCACUGCUUCUUGCACAAUAAUCGCGCCUGAAUCGAUAUCCGCCUGCAAUUAUAACUAUUUAGUUAUUGUAUCUAGCGGAAUAAAUUGAUUAUACUAUU